AUGGCCAAUACUCUGGUCUCCAGCUCCUCUGAAGUGCAGGCCAUUAGCCACCAUGCAUCCAUCCAGGAUGAAAUACAAAAGCUGUCUAAAGCUGGGACUACGUCUUUAAAAAACAAUGAAGCAGCCCAGGCUCUGAGCAUGUUCAAGAAAGCGUGCAUUCUGGCUGAUGGGCUUCCUGAGAUGAAAAGUCAGACGAGAUGUCUCUUCAAUCUAGGGGCUGCCUAUAUUGCCAGGGGCAAACCAAAGAAAGGACUGAAGUGCCUGCUGAAGUGUAAAUCAAAGGGAUCUGUGGAGAAAGAUGGUGAUUUCUACUUUAACACUGCAGCUGCUUACAAUGAAAUGAAGGAGUACUCUAAAGCGGUGAAGUUUUAUCAGAGAGCUAUUAGUGAAUACAUACCUAGUGAAACACAAAGCAUCUCAGAUGCUCUGAUCAAACUUGGCUAUUGUUCAGUGAAUGUAAGAGACCUACCCUCAGCUGCAUGUUCCUUUAGGCUAGCCAGCCACUCCUAUCAAAAGGCAAAGAAAACUGAAGAUGCUGCCAUGGCCAUGAGGGAGGCAGCUAGCUACAUGAUACGGAGUCAAAAGUUCUCAAAGGCAGAAGUGCUUGAGACUUUAGCUGAAUGUGCACAGCUGUGUUCUGGAAUCACUAACCAGGAUUUGUUAGCAAUCUUCUCCCAAAGUUGCCAGAGAUGA